UCUCUGUUUUGACACCUCGACUCAUUUUGAUGGAGGCUUAUUGUAUCUGCUUGGAACUAUUUUACAAACAUAUCAUAUUACUUCCCUUUGCUGAUUCUUUUAAUUUCAACAACUUUGACUAUUUAAAAUACUUUUCCGUGCAAUAAGUGAUGAACUUUGAGUAACUCCAUCAGUCCCAGCAUCCAUAGCCAAAACAUAUUUUCUCCUGUAAUUAGGAUUUUAACAACAAUUUGUUUGGCGUCACCGAAUUUCUCGAUAUCACAGUAACAUAGGAAUCCGAUAUAUUUAGGGAACUUAGCUGAAAACUCACUUCAUAAUUUUCUUCAUCACAAAUCUCCUACAAAAAGAAAAUUUAUAUUGGAUCUUGAAUUUCUAUUACUAAAAAUGUAGAUAAAUUAAAAAAACCUAAACUUACUAGUCUGAAAAUAAAAAUGAAUAACAAAUGUAUUACCUAGCUAUUGAAGUUGAAGUAAAUCCUUAUGAUUCCGAGUUGACUUAAUGUUGUAGGUUUAGUGCUGGACAAGUGAAGGACCAGUCGGACCUGCCGGCAAAAUUGGAUACGCUGGUAGCCCGGGCAUUGCUGGACCUAAGGUGAACCAGGCAAACCAGGCUACAACGGAGCACCAGGUAAAGACGGACUACCGGGAGCACCAAGCACUCAACCCGGCCCGGUUGGACCAAGGACCCGUCGGCAAACCCGGCUACCAUGGCGCUCCUGGAAAAGACGGUGCCGUUGGCCCAGUAGGCGCUCCAGGCAAAGAUGGACUCAACGGCACUCCUGGCGCUACUGGUCCUCAAGGAGAGCAAGGUAAACCUGGAAAAGACGGUUAUCCUGGCGCUGCUGGAGCUCCUGGAACACCCGGAGAUCAGGGACCUCAAGGAAUCCAGGGCGAACAAGGCCCCGCUGGAAAUCCCGGCAGCAUCGGUCCCCAAGGAGAAAUUGGUCCCGUCGGCUGGACUUGAAGGCAAACCUGGCCAAGCUGGCAAACCUGGAUAUCCUGGACCUGUAGGACCAGUUGGACAGAUUGGACUGUCUGGCUUGGAUUGUCUUGGAUUGUUUUGUCUGGCAAAUAAAUAUUAUUACAAUCAAAUGACGUGAAACGUAAGUUGGGGGCCCACCUGGACCUCCAGGAGUUCCUGGGGCUGCUGGUUCCGCUGGAGCUUCUUCCGGUGGUUAUGGUGGUAGCUACAGCCAACCCCAACAAACUACGGUAGUUGGACCACCAGGACCACCUGGACUUCUAUCGUUAGUCGGUCCGAUCGUAC